AUGACAGAGAGACGCCGCAUUCGGCUUGCUGCGGUUCCUUACGAAGAGGAGGAAGAGGUUGAAGCUCCUGGAAAUGCAAAUCCACCACAAAAGUUCAGAAGACUAGCAUUCAAAGACGAAGGUGCCUACGAACCAUCAAUCGAGGAUCCAAAACAAAGAAUGGCCCAUGUCUCCAAAGAAUCUACGGAAAGGAAAUCCGUUUCCAAGAGAACAAGAAGACAGUCCCAGAAGAAAUCAAGGAAAUCCAAAAAGAGAGGUCCUGUUGAGCCAGGCAAUCUAAUGGAAGAACUGGAAUCGACGACAUGGUCGCUACUCAAAUGUGGAAGAAAACUCAUUGAAAAGUCGAUUGAAGAAGGGAAAGUUCAAGCAUUGAAAGCUGCCAUGAGACUACGACAAGAAAGUGACAGGAACUAUCGAGGACGAGGCAACACAAAAAGACGAACGAAGCGUUCUCGGAUGCGCUCUGAAUUCGGACACGGAGCAGUGGAUCCUUCCUCAUCAGAGGAGAGUCGCUCCAUCAAGUCGGGAUCAUCGUAUGGCAGCCAUUCGAUAUCAUCGAAUAUAGCUUCUAGCUAUUCGGAUGGUCAGCCGUCUAUGUCACUGUCGGCUUCGUCCUCCAAGUCAUCCAAAAAGAAGAAAAAUGGUUCGAUGUCCUCAAGGGCGAAACUCAAUGCUGAUGCAAGCUUUGAUUCUUUGGGUGAAAAUUCCAUUAUUGCUGACGAUAGUUAUACAACAGAGGAAUCAUUACCUUCACAGGACUCUUCGACUGAUAACGUCAAUUCGGACGACGACCGCUCGAUUGUCAGCGAAGCAUGGACCGCAAUCAAGGACAUUGUUGAAACCCCAGAGGCUGAUGCCGAUAGGCUUGGGGAGAAAAGUACGCCCAGCAUUGCAAUAAAUAUGGAAGUACUACUCGAGCCAGACUCAUCCGAUGACUCAUGGAUUCAAUCUAUCAAAUCAGAUAGCAACGAAUCCUUUUCCACGGCAUUGAACAAGGAACUCAGUUAUCAUAGACAAAUGCCCAGCAACAUGCUUCAGCAAUGCAUCAACGAGAUCAAAGAUGUUUCAACAAAGGGCCAUCAAAGAAAACCAACAGUCGAGUUGUCGGACGCAGAGUUCUUGAAGGUCAUUCGUGAGACCGGGAAGCAAGAAUGCGACGUCGAUCAAACGGCAACAACAGACUCAGAUACCAAUUUUUUGGAAACGAUUGAGGAGCCCAAAGCGUUGGAUCAAGCACCUACUUUGCCAUCCUCGCCAUCCACGUUUUCUAACAGUGAUUUUCUCAAGGCUAUGCAGCAGGAGCAUGGGGUUCAUGUUGGCACUGAAUCAUCGCUUGCCGAACCAGUUUUGUCAAAUACUGACUUUGUAAAAGCUAUGCAGGAAGAAAAUGGAGUAGAAGAGGAGGUUAAAGCAGCACCGAUUGCUGAACCACUUCUAUCCAAUGCCGAUUUCCUAAAGGCUAUGCGACAAGAGAAUGGAAUCGCGGACGAAGCCAGCUCGGGUCGGUCUGUGUCGUCAGCCAUGUCCACUACUGAUUUCUUGAAGGCUAUGCAGCGAGAGAAUGGAGUAGAAGAGGAAGUUGAGGCAACAAUACUUCUAUCAAAUGCUGACUUCCUAAAGACGAUGCAGCAAGAGAACGGGGUCAAAGAUGAGACCGGAGCGACAUCGGCUGCUCCACCACUUCUAUCAAAUGUUGACUUCCUAAAGGCUUUGCAGCAAGAGAAUGGAGUCGAAACUGAGACGGAGGCAACAGUAGCCACUUCGACACUUCCAUCAAAUACAGACUUGCAACAAGGUAGUGGAAUUGCCGAGAAAAGUAUCGAGACUCAUGAUGAGCAACUGAAGCUUUCCGAAGAUCUUUCGAAUGCUGACUUUCUCGAAGCUAUGAGGCAGUCGCUGAGCGUAACGGGAGGGAAGUUUGAAGAGCCCAAAACUCGUCAUUCAGGUGAUGUUGAUUCGAUUUCUGAGCUUGAGGGAGGCAAUAGUAAUGAGGAGGGGGGCUUUUCAGACUCAGAUUUCUUGAAAGCGAUACAAGAUACUGGAGUGGAAGACGACGAUACUUUCAAUGGAAACAAUAUUUCUACUCCUGUCCAAACUGCCAUUAAUGAAAACUUCCUUAGCGCUCUGAAACAGAUGGGUGGUUUGGAUCUAGGCAAUACAGGCAUGUUCAGCCUUGGCCAUCUGGAAACGAUCCAUGAGGUUGACAGUGAUUGUUCCAAGUCCGCUCAGAGCAGUCCUUCCAGAAGUCCGCCAACAUCAUUUACCCUAAUUGAGGAAGUUGCCGUGGUAGCGAUGAAUGCAGAUGGUUCGUGCUUGGGCAAUGAAAUUACUGGCAGUACACAGUCUGAUGAUCGCCUGAUGUCGAAACAGCAAGCUAGAUUUGGUCACAGAGAACAGACGAAUUCCACAGAAGCACUUGUCGUAACAGAAGAAAAGAGCGACUUUGGACCAGGAAACGAGUUGCCAGAUCUGAAGUGUGUGUCUUCUGAUGAGAGUGAUACGCAUUGCGACCGUCUGCGAGGAAUACUUGGAGUCGACGGAAGCGAGUCCGAAAAAGAGGAAGAUAUUGAUGAUGGUGAUACAGGAUUCAUGACAGCGGAUGAUAUACUUGCCGAAGAUGACACUAAUUUCUUUUCCGCAGGUGCUGGUGAUGAUAGUCAUUUCUUCUCUAUGAUGACAGAGAAUCAAGGAACAGAAAGAGACUCGAUCGGGAGCAACGACUCGCUAGAUGAGAUCUUGAGUUUCAGAAAUGGGGGCGAACAAACAGCUACAAUGACGUCCCAGGAGGCUUCAUCGGCCGAGGCUGAGGUUCAUGGGUUUGACGAAGCAAAAGCAGAACUCGAGACUAGAGCAGAGAAUCUUGAUCAGCCUGAGAACCGAAUGGUGGAACAAUUAGAGACUAUCCCGGGUCAAAGAUAUGUCGAGUGUCGACAAGAUGAAUCUUCCGUACCUUUGGCUGACGAAUUGAAUAAGGAAGAUAUUGAACAGCGCAAAGCUCUUAUCCGUGCGAUAGAAGUUGACGAAUCGUUAACUCCUGACGAGAAAGCCUUGCUUGUAACCGAAAUUGAAAGCGGGGUCCCCAUUGACGAAACUUCAUCCAUUGAAAUUGACGUCGAUGCAACGUCAUCAAGUGAGUCACAAAACGGAGACAGAGAUGCGCCUGAGCACUCAAGAAUGGAAAUCAACAAGGCAAUUGGAAAGAAAGUGAUACAAGGGUGGACAUUGCUGGACUCGUCAUGUCGACACUGUGCGCUGCCGCUGAUGACAGACAGUGAGGCUACCGAGGCAGCAUGCAUCUUUUGUGAUUAUUCAAGGAGUAUGAAUGGGGGGCAUGGGACAAAGAAUUGCUCUCUGGCUUUUCCACCUCCUCCACCGCCGAUAGCUAACAAAAAGUCAAAGAACAGAAGGUCACGCAUGGCAAUAAAGGAAGCGCCAGUAGACCCACCAAGCUCAUUUGUGGUUACGGAGUAG